AAAUAUAAUAAAAAUGCCUUUGGCUGUUCAUAACAACGCCCUCUCCGCCGGUCCCCUCCGGCUAGGCUCUCCGGCCGUCGAAGCAUUAGUUUCGGCCGGGCUCCGGGCGACCGACAGUAUAAGCCGUCGUCAUGCCCUGAGAAGACUAGACAGACAGCUCUCGCGGCGAAACCACAAAUCUGCGCUCUCUUUGGUCAAGCAGUUGCAGGGUAAGCCUGGUGGUCUCCGUGCCUUUGGAGCCGCCAAGCAGAUACUUCAAAGAACCACAUCCAUGGAUGAAUCGAAGUUCGGCAAAAUGGAUUUAUCUUUCCUACAGCCUUUGGUUGACUCAAUAUUUGAUUCAAUAAGAAAAAGCAUUCAGUUUGGAUUUCUGGAUGAGGUGUCGCUUGAAGAAAUGGAGAGUUUAACACCUAGAGAGAGCAAAGAGUCAUUUUAUGAAAAAUAUUAUCAAAGAUGUAUGCAACAUGAGGCUGGCCAUUUUCUAGUGGCUUACUUGUUGGGGGUUCUUCCAAGAGCAUAUAAGAUACCAAGCAUGGAAGAUUUGAUGCAGGACAACUUUACAGGGGGGAGGGUAGAGUUUGUAGACUUUGAGUUUCUUAAUGACGUCAAUAAAGACAAAAAAUCAUUAACGGCAUUAAACAGGGUUUGUUGCAUAAUCUUAGGAGGACUGGUGGCAGAGCAUCUGGUAUUUGGCUUCUCCAAGGGAUUUCAUUCUGAUGUUCGAGAGUUGGACAGAAUGCUGAAAUUGUCAGGCCUCGCAGAGGGAGAAAUGGAUUCUCGAGUGAAAUGGGCUGUACAGAAUGCCAUAUUAAUUUUGCAUUGUAAUCAUGCAGCUAGAACAAGGCUGGCAGAUGCCAUGGCAUCUGGAAGGUCAGUUGGUUUCUGUAUUGAUACAAUAGAGAAUGCUACAAAUGGAGAUGAAAUUUAGAUGAUACUUGAUCUUGACGAUGUUGUUUUUGAUCCAUUGAAGAUUUUACUUUGAAAAGCAUUUGGUAUGUUGGCUUGAGAAACCUUAAGUGCCGGUACAAGCAUGUUUCUGAAAUCUCAGACAUAGUGGGGGUGUUCAACAAGCCGACCAACCUGCCUAACCCGACCAAUCCAAAUUGAAUCGGCCCAAAAAAUUGGUUUUUCAAAUGGUUUGUGGGUCGUUUGGCUGUUUCCUAUUUUGCAUAACUGGAUCGUAUGGGUUGGCUUGCGAGUUUAGUGUCUAAUCCACCCAACCCGACCCGAAUCGUCUCUUUAUGUAUAUAUAUAUAUAUAUAUAUAUAUAUAUGUCUACAAGUAUUCAAGACUUGAGAAAUAAUGAAUGAGAUAAACUAUGAAAUUGGCACAUGUAUUUUGGAAUGUUUUAACUCUUAUAUUUUUAAUUUUAUUUUUAUUGUAGAAAUGUUUAUGGAUAUGAUGUUUUAGUCAUUUUAGAACAUAAUAGAUAUAUUUUGUACUUUAUGAA